AUGGAUACAAGUGAUGUGGUGAAGGGAUACGAGGAUAUGGAUACCAAACGGCGCCUAAAGUGUAAGGAAUUCCGAUUUAAAAUGGUAAUUGUGGGCACAUAUGGUGUGGGAAAGACUAGUCUUAUGUUACAACACUUUGACCGCUAUUUCACGGAUAACCCGAAGACGACAGUUGGCGUCGACUUCAGGCAAAGAAAGUUUCAUUUGAACAACACUUCUGUCAUAUUAGAGGUUUGGGAUACGGCCGGGGAGGAGAAGUACGCCAAUAUUGUGCAGAUAUAUUACCGUGAUGUGGUGAAGGGAUACGAGGAUAUGGAUACCAAACGGCGCCUAAAGUGUAAGGAAUUCCGAUUUAAAAUGGUAAUUGUGGGCACAUAUGGUGUGGGAAAGACUAGUCUUAUGUUACAACACUUUGACCGCUAUUUCACGGAUAACCCGAAGACGACAGUUGGCGUCGACUUCAGGCAAAGAAAGUUUCAUUUGAACAACACUUCUGUCAUAUUAGAGGUUUGGGAUACGGCCGGGGAGGAGAAGUACGCCAAUAUUGUGCAGAUAUAUUACCGCGGCGCUCACGCAGUGGUCGCUGUCUAUGACAUCAAGAAAAAGUCAUCAUUUGUAAGGGCACUGGAGUACAUAACUGAGAUCACGAGUCAGGCCGUACCCCCGAUGGUGAUC